GUACAAGCCCAUUCCAUGCACAGAGAACUCUGGAGACACCUGCCCACACACGCAGACCUGCGCUGGGCACAGAAUACAGCAUCUUCGAUGCAAGUGUGACCCUCAUGCAAUGCUUCCACACCAGGAAAUCAAAGUGCUGUAUGUUAAAUAAACUUCACGCUGCCCUGUGCUGUAGCCCCCUGUGUUGUUGGUGAGCGAGCAUUUAAGAUGUCACUGAGCAGUGAAAGAAGAGUAAAUACCUCGGCGCUGAAGAAAAUUGCGGCAGACAUGAGCAAUUUAAUAGAGAACCUGGACACCAGGGAGCUCCACUUUGAGGGGGAAGAGGUGGAUGCUGACGUGUUAAAUGAUCCGAAAACAACUGUGGGCAUCCCAUUCUCUGCAAUUUAUAACACUCAAGGGUUCAAAGAGCCUCAUAUACAGACAUAUCUAACUGGAUGUCCGAUUAAAGUCCGAGUUCUGGAAGUAGAACGCUUUACCUCAACAAAAAAGGUACCAAGUCCAAAUGUUUACACUAUUGAGUUCACACAUGGGGAAUUUACAUGGCAAGUGAAAAGGAAAUUCAAGAACUUUCAAGAAUUCCACAGGGAACUGCUGAGAUACAAAGCCUUCAUACGAAUUCCUAUCCCUACAAGGAGUCACACAGUUAGAAGACAAACUGUCAAAAGGGGAGAAGCGAGGCAGAUGCCAAGUCUGCCACGCACGUCUGAGAACAUGGUCCGAGAAGAACAUUUUUCUAGUAGAAGAAAACAACUGGAAGACUACUUGACAAAGAUCUUAAAAAUGCCCAUGUACAGGAACUACCAUGGAACGAUGGAAUUCAUUGGUGUAAGUCAGCUGUCAUUUAUCCAUGAUCUAGGACCAAAGGGCAUAGAAGGUAUGAUCAUGAAACGAUCUGGGGGCCACAGAAUACCUGGUCUGAACUGCUGUGGGCAAGGAAGGGUCUGCUAUCGAUGGUCCAAAAGGUGGUUAGUAGUGAAAGACUCUUUCCUAAUGUAUAUGAAGACGGAUAGCGGAGCCAUUUCCUUUGUCCUGCUGGUAGAUAAAGAAUUCAGCAUUAAGAUUGGCAAGAAAGAGACUGAAACAGAAUAUGGGUUACGGAUUGACAAUCUCUCCAGGUCAUUGAUUUUGAAGUGUAACAGCUACAGACAUGCCCGAUGGUGGGGACAGGGAAUAGAAGAGUUCAUUCAGAAAUAUGGCAAAAACUUUCUAACACAUCACAGAUUCGGGUCGUAUGCAGCUAUACAGGAGAAUACUUUGGCAAAGUGGUAUGUAAAUGCAAAAGGGUAUUUUGAAGAUGUAGCAAAUGCCAUGGAGGCAGCGAAAGAAGAAAUUUUCAUCACAGAUUGGUGGUUGAGCCCAGAAAUCUUUAUGAAGCGACCUGUGGUAGAAGGAAAUCGCUGGAGACUAGACUGCAUUCUCAAGCGGAAAGCGCAACAAGGAGUGAGAAUUUUUGUAAUGCUCUACAAAGAAGUGGAGCUUGCUCUAGGAAUCAACAGUGAAUACAGCAAGCGGACCCUAAUGCGUCUACAUCCGAACAUCAAGGUGAUGAGGCAUCCAGAUCACGUGUCAUCCUCAGUGUACCUGUGGGCCCAUCAUGAGAAGCUCGUUGUCAUUGACCAGUCUGUAGCAUUCGUUGGUGGCAUUGACUUGGCCUACGGGAGGUGGGAUGAUGAUGAACACAGGCUGACCGAUGUUGGCAGUGUGAAACGAAUUCCAGGAACAAAGUCUACAUCUACAGUGAAUCUCACACCUACAGCUGAGUCCACUGAAGCUUUAGUCCUGAAAACUCAGUCCCUGGGGAACCUGCCACAGCACAGAAAUAGUGAUGACAUACUAGAUUCUUCAAGAAUGAAAGGAAUAGGAAAACCCAAAAAGUUUUCCAGGUUCAGCAUUUAUAAGCAUCUCCAGAAGCACGGCCUACACCACGCUGAUAGUGUAAGCAGUAUAGACAGUGAGUCAGAUAAAGGAUCAAUCCGCAGCUUGAAGACAGGUGUUGGAGAACUUCUUGGGGAGACCAGGUUCUGGCAUGGAAAGGACUAUUGCAAUUUCGUCUUUAAAGACUGGGUUCAACUCGACAAACCCUUUGCUGAUUUCAUUGACAGAUACACCACACCCAGAAUGCCAUGGCAUGAUAUUUCAUCCGUUGUGCAUGGCAAAGCUGCACGGGAUGUUGCUCGACACUUUAUUCAGCGCUGGAACUUCACAAAGAUCAUGAAGCCCAAAUACAGAUCCCUGUCCUACCCAUUCCUGUUGCCAAAAUCUCAGCGAACUGCCAGUGAGAUGAAGUAUCAAGUGCCCGAGUCUGUAUGUGCCAAUGUACAGGUGCUCCGUUCUGCUGCAGAUUGGUCAGCUGGUAUCAAGUACCAUGAAGAAUCCAUCCACAAUGCUUAUGUUAGCGUGAUAGAAAACAGUAAACACUACAUCUAUAUCGAAAACCAAUUUUUUAUUAGCUGUGCUGAUGACAAAGUCGUUUCUAACAAGAUUGGAGAUACCAUCGCUCGGAGGAUUCUUAAAGCACACAGGGACAGCAAACGAUACCGAGUGUAUGUGGUGAUCCCGCUGUUGCCUGGAUUUGAAGGAGAUAUUUCAACUGGAGGUGGGAAUGCACUGCAAGCCAUAAUGCACUUCAACUACAGGACCAUGUGCAGAGGAGAUAAUUCUAUCCUGGGACAGUUGAAAGCAGAGAUUGGAGAUCAGUGGAUAAAUUACAUAUCGUUCUGUGGGCUUCGAACAUACGCCGAGCUGGACGGAAAUCUCGUCACUGAACUCAUCUAUGUUCACAGCAAAUUGCUUAUAGCUGAUGACAACACUGUCAUCAUUGGCUCUGCUAACAUCAAUGAUCGCAGCAUGCUGGGAAAACGCGACAGUGAAAUGGCUAUCAUUGUGCAAGACACCGAAACCGUCCCUUCAGUGAUGGAUGGAAAGGAUUACAAAGCCGGAAGAUUUGCUCAGUCACUCCGCCUCCGGUGUUUUAGGGUUGUUCUUGGUUCUUCAGCAGACUUCAGUGCUGAUCUUCAGGAUCCAGUCUCUGACAGAUUCUUCAAGGAGGUGUGGGUUUCAACAGCUGCCCGCAAUGCCACGAUUUUUGACAAGGUGUUCCGAUGCCUUCCCAGUGAUGAAGUGACUAAUUUAGCCCAGCUGCGUGACUUCAUUGCCAAGUCAAAAUUGGUAACCCAAGAUGCUGCAAAAGCAGCAGAAGAAUUAAAGAAGAUUCAUGGAUUUCUAGUGCAAUUCCCCUUUCGUUUCCUGGAUGAAGAAAACUUGCUGCCUUCUGUUGGAACAAAAGAAUCCAUGGUGCCCAUGGAAGUUUGGACUUAGGAUGAUUUAGACUGCUUUAGAAUUUAAAGUCUGGUUCCUUGGAGACAGUUUGCAUACCUGAUGAUUUCAGGAAGCUUUGUAUUGCCAAGGUAGCCACUGAAAAGGUCUCCAUCAAACUAAUGUGCCUUUCUUAAGGAUUUUGGUGGAACAGCUUCAGACAAAAUAACACUGUUAUGGGGAGGGAAAGAAAAUUUGGCACUUAUGAUCAUUGACAAGUUCUAUUAAUUGAAAAGAACAAUACUUCUUUACAGACGUAUUCUAAGCACCUUAAAGAUGCAAGUCACUCCUAUGAAGGGAGACAAAUCAUAAAGUAUAUUACAACUGCCAGCGUGAUCAUACAUGUACAGUGAUUGUGAUACCCAGGAGUUGUAGGCUGUUUGUGCUUUCUAAAUCUUUGUGUGCUUGCAGUUUAUUACUUAGCUGGAGUUACCCUCUUCAUCAUCUCUGUUUUGUAUCCCCUCAAGUAUUCCCUCACUGCUUACACCUCCAUAAUGGUUGGGAAACGUUGCCUGAGGCCAACUCAGGUGUUCCUAUGAUCAUUGCCUAUCGAGCUUAGAUGUUACAUUGCAUAUAUGGCAAAAGACUAACACUCUUAUGUCAGAAUCAGUGGUGCUGUCUCGUCUCCUGGCCCCAGGGGAAAACAUUGUUUUUUUUACUGCAACUACAGCAAUCAACAUUCCUCAUGCUCAGCAUGGCACUGUGGAGAUCUCCGUGAGGAGAUUGAGGUGGUGGGAAUCUCUUGAAUUCUGUUUUUUCAGGGUUUGCAGAACUUGUUUGAGUUCAGCAACUCUUUUUCUUACUAUCUAAACUAUAAUUUUUUCCCCAAGGGAGAAUCAACUUUUUAACCCUACAUUUUUCUAGCUGAAGGAAAUCCUGCUGCUACCCUGUUUCCCCGAAAAUAAGACAGUGUCUUAUAUUAAUUUUUGCUCCCAAAGAUGCGCUAGGUCUUAUUUUCAGGGGAUGUCUUAUUUUUCAGAAAUGAAAAAUGCCUUAUUAUCGGUGGAUGCCUUAUUAUCGGGGAGGUCUUAUUAUCGGGGGGAUGCCUUAUAUUACAACGAGAGGCAAAACUGUAAGUAGGCCUUAUUUUCGGAGGAUGUCUUAUUUUAGGGGAAACAGGGUAUGUAUUAGGGAGACGAGAAUCCGAAAAGCUAGGUUGGCAAAGCUGGGUCCUCUGUUUGGAUCACAGAGUUGUGGGUAUACACUGCAUUAAAUUCUUAGCGCUUUCCCCUGCUUCCUUUUCCACUGUUUCACCUAUAAGGAACAAGAACCUAGUAACAGUUGAGUCAGAGUUGAAAUUUUGAGCUGACGAUGUUCAAGGUUGAUCAAAAAGAACAGGAGUACUUGUGGCACCUUAGAGACUAACAAAUGUAUUAGUCUCUAAGGUGCCACAAGUACUCCUGUUCUUUUUGCGGAUACAGACUAACACGGCUGCUACUCUGAAAGGUUGAUCAAAGUUACUCAUACUGAGUUCGAUCACCCUCCAGAGGCUAGUGGGGAGAUAGCACUGAACUUGUCUCUGGGACCAGCUCCAGUAAUGGGAAGACAUGGUUUUGAACAGUCUCUGCAAUGCAGAAAUGUGACUCCAUGUCAUCUGAGGGAUUGAUAAACUCACUCUACAUGGUCAAUCUUUUUGCUUUCCAUUUACUAAUACGAGUGGCACAAUUAAUAAGAAACUCAGAACACUGGGUUCCUAUCUGGAGAGAGUGAGAAGCUGAGACUCCCAUCUCUGAAUGCAGAAUGUUAACUGAUUCAGUGGGAGUGCCAUUCACCAAGCAAGGGCAAAUGUGGCCCAUAAUCUGUGAUCCAGUAAAAGCCUUCACUAUGCCUUAUACAUAAGGCUUAUGAACUUUCAUUGCAAUUUUUCUCUUUGCUAAAAAAUUCCAAUGAUUAUAAGUAAAUUUGUCCUUAAAAAAAAAAAAAAAAAGUUUGACAGGCUUCCAACAUGCAUUCAUUAGUUUAUAAAAAAAAUCAUGGCACCCUUUUGAAAGAUAUGUGCCAAUUGUGUUUUGGGCUUAUCUUACAUUUAAGCUGAUUGCGCUAUAUAUUUUAAGAAAUGUAAUUCGGCAUAGAGUCAUUUUCCAACACUACAUCACAUUAAUAAGUAACAAACACUAACAUUCCUCAAGGGCAGCCCAAGUCCGAACUAGUUGCUAUGUUUUGUGUUACUUCAUGCUCAUAUUUUAUAGAUGCAAUUAAUUAGUGAUAUGGACAGGACUCACAACCAUUCCUUAUACUCGGUGAACCAGUGGUCUAUUUAAUGUGUCAAUAGUGCAUGCACAGCUUUUAUGAAGUAAACUGCAAUAUGUUUACAGGUACUGUGAUUUUGUGAAGUGCACUGCAGAUAACUAGGUUCCCUCAAGAUUUGUUGAGUAUUGUUAUUUAAAAUCAUAUUUGUUGUUUAAAAUGGAACACAGGGCUGACCUGCCAGCUCCUGUGCUAGAGAAAUAUGCUAUCAGGUAACCACCGCAAAGCUAGGAAACUAAAAAUCAAAAUACUUUUGCUUUUAACACUAGCCUAAGGCUUUUAAUGUCACGCAAAAAACUGUUGGCCAUUUUUAGUUUGAACAAAACUGCCAAUAUGAAAUGAUUAUAGCCUGCCACAUAUUACCAUUAAACCACACAAGUAUAGAGUCAUAGUUGAAAGAGGCCCAAACCAGAACAGCAUAUUCAUUCACACCAGACCUACAACCAAACCUAAAGAAGAAUGUAAUGCUCCUAUCAUCUUCUAUCUGUCUAGAUGCUCAUAUGGCUCCUAUCACCAUAGUACCUGAGCAUCUCAUGAUCGUUACUGAAUCCUUACAGCACCUCUUUGAAGUGGUAUUGAAACUUUGUGGCUUCAUAGGUAACGUGACCCGGAUUGUCUUUCCAAAACUGCAAUGCAGCUGACGUGCAAAACCCAAGCCAUGAGGCGUUUGCCCAUCUUAGAUGAUGUUAGGGGUCUAAUGUCAACCCAUACAGCCCAGGAAUUUUGAAUUAGUAUUGAAACACCAUUCUUAAUCCACCCCCUUUGUACUAUACAUUGGCUUUGCAGCAUUUGCGGCAUAUAAAAUACCUCAUUACUUGAAGAUCUUGCCACUGCCUGAAAACAGAGGGUGGAUUCACCCUUGCGCAUAGAGUUAGCACAGGAUCUAUGCAGCCCUUUAAAUAAGGCUUAAAUAGAAUUAAAGUAAUGUAUAGGCAUUGCCCUGGCUCUCUGCACAGGAGUGAAUUCUGCUCCGUGUGAAAGGAUAGGCUAAGAAAUUCUUCAUUUUGAAUUUCCCUGAUUUUGUUGGUUGCCAGACUCUUGACGUUAACGGAACACCUUUAUUUUAUUUUCCUUUCUGGAUGGAGGGAAAAGAAAGAAAUAUUAAGAAGAAGAAGAAAGCCAAGACAAAACUUUGCCAUUCCCCAUACUCUGGGGAAUUGAUGCAUCUUGAAAUUCAAUAUUUUUCAAUGGAGUCAUUCAAAUGUUGCCAAGAUUCUGGAAUCCUCUUACACUCUUAGACCCCGACUCUGCAAGCUGCUCAGUAUGGAUGGGCACCUACAUCCAUGAAUAGUUCCAUUGAUUCCAGUGAAGAUUCACACUACGAGUCCAGGGUUCACAAAUGCAGAACAACUUGCAGUAUCAAGGUACAUUACAGUACACGGGCCUACGAGUAGUCACAAGAGGAAGUAUUCUGCUCUGUAGCCUUUACAGUGCAAUAUGUGCCCUCACAUCAUUCUUCAUACAUAUUCACAGCCUACACAGAAGUUGGUGUCUUUUGUGAAUGGCUGUUAAUUAGACUUUUCUUUCACAUGCUUUGAGGCCACAGCAGGGGUGAUGUUUAACACCUGGUCUCUGCACAUAAACAGUCACCACUCUUUAGUCCUUAAUAGCCUGGCGGUUUUACUUUUACUUUGAAUACCCAAAGCAAAUCAUGGCGUAAUCAUUUGCAAAUGUACGGUACUGUAAGCAGUGAUGCUGUUUUUAGUGAUAGUAGUUCCUGAAAUAUGUGAACUGUUUUUGUGUCUUUUAUUUUUAAAAAAUUGUAAGAAAAAAAAAAGAAGAGGAAAAAUCUCCUCCAGACUCAGAUUUUAUAUUUCAUGAUUCAACCUGGAUAGAAGAUUUAUGGUGGCUAUUCCUAAGCAGGUGCCAGUGCGAGAAUUCAGCGUCACUUCUUACCAUGCCUGUAUAUAUUUUUAAAGAACGGGAUAUUUUAAUAUAUGUUUUGUUGUAUAGCUGCAGGAAUGGACUUACUUUUUAGCAUAGAAAAUUAUGCAUGGUAAAAAAAAAACAUGAAAAAUAAGAUUUUUGUAAUCUAAGCACUUGAUUAUUAAAAUAAUUUGUACCAAAAAAGCCACCCAUUGCUAUGCAGGACAUCCCGGACUUUUGGCUCAGCUUCUGGGCUUGUACUCCCCAAACUAGCUGACGCUGAGCAUGCGCAAGGGCAGCGCACUUAAGGUAUGUCUACACUGCAGCUAGGAGUGAAGCUCCCAACCUGGCAGACAGACUCACGCUAGUGGACUCAAGCUAAGCUGUGGACGUUGUAGCGCAGGAUGGGUUCUCAAGUCCCCCUAGGCUUGACAGCCCAUGCCACAAAGUUCAUGCUGCUAUUUUUAGCAUGCUAGCUCAAGUCCUGCUAGAAUGAGUCUGUCUGCCCAGGUUGGGAGGCUAGUUCCUAGCUGCAACGUCGACAUACCCCUAAGGUCUAAUCCUGUCUUCAAUGAAAGAGGCUUGCCAUUGGCUAACAUGACAACAGGAUCAGUCCCAAGGGAAGGAAGUGCCUUUUGUCACUCGGCGUCCUCUCUGGCCUUUGAGCAAGCAGCACAGACAGCCUUGGAAGGGAGUCCAGCAACAUUUUAGCUUAGCCCAGGUCUACACUAAAAACUUUUGCCCAUACAAUAAUGUCGACGAGGGGUGUGAUUUUUUUUUUUUUUAAAUGACAUUUUUAUACCAGCAAAAGCCCUAGUGUAGAUGCUGGUAAACUGGCAAAAGCAUAUUUUUGCCGGUAGAAGCUGUGCCCACACUAGGAGGUUUGUCAGUAUAGCUAUAGUGGCAUACCUAUGCCAGCUAACCUUUUCUAGUAUAGACUAAACCUCAGAAGCAUGGUGGCUAGGGCAGCAAGAUGAAAUGUAAGAGCAAUUAGAAAUGGGAGGGAUUCAUAAACUAUAACAGGAAUUUGGGUAAACUCCUGGGACCUAUCCCAGAAGCACUGCUGGGGAAUGACCCCAGUGAAGGUGAUGAGAGUUCUGGUGGGGACUGGCACCAGAGAAGGAUCAAUAUAUCUGUACAUUUCCUUUGUCAUAUUAGGAUCCAGGCAUAUUUUUAAAAUUAAUUUCAAGUUUUAGGCCGUAAUCUUACAGCCCUUCUUCUGUCCCAUUGCCUUCAGCGGGAGUUUUGCUUAAGUGAAGACUGCACGAUUUGCCCUCUCUGAUAUUUUUAAUGUAUCCUUCUACUCAAAUUAUGUGAUUAUCUGCCUUAAAAGGAGACAUCUACAUUUUUAUAGGUGUUUGUACAGUUAUUACACAGUAUGUGCGUUUUAUUUAAAAAUCAAGCAGAGGCAGUUUUGGGACAUAUGAAAAAAAGUCGGUAUGACCCUUUACAGUGUAAAGUUUACACGACUGCUUUUGGUUUACUUUUGGUUUUUUCACAACUUAGGGCCAGCUCCGCUGUUGGUGUAAAUUAACAUAGCUCCAUUGACCUCAGUGAAGUUCCACCAUUUCAAAACCAGCAGAGAUUUGGCCCAGCGUGCCUCCUGACCUCUGAUACGCGCAAAGCAAGAGCCGGUACGGUGCCAUCUUAGGUGUGCAAUAGGACAAGGCGGGCAUCUGCCAUACUAGCCACAGGGCUCUUCUCACCCAUGCUGAGCCCCACCGAAAUCCAGACCCUUGUAGAUUCAGGGUGGUAGUUAGGAGUGUAACUCCAUUGCAGUGAAUGAAUGUUAGGGUGACCAGACAGCAAGUGUGAAAAAUCGGGAGGGGGGUGGGGGAUAAUAGGAGCCUAUAUAAGAAAAAGACCCAAAAAUCGGGACUGUCCCUACAAAAUCGGGACAUCUGGUCACCCUAAUGAAUGUAUUCAAUUAAAACCAGUGUAAAUUAGAUAGAAUUAGGCUCGCAGACUGUAAAUCUAAAACUGAAUGCAAUAGUACUUUUUUUGGGGGGGGGCCUUCUUUUCUUUUUUCUUUUCAAGCACUUGUGAUCAGUUCAUUUUUAACCUACCAGUGCAGUUUCAUAAAAUAACAUAGAUAUUGUGAGUAAUUCAUAGUUAUCUGGCUCUAUCCUGACAUGCAGGAAAUGAGAUCGUUUUUAAAUUCACAGGUCAAGAAAUGUACAAGGUUCCGCUAACUAAACUAAUGGAUAAAACAAGAGCUUCCAAAAUAUUUGUGCUUCAGAUGUACAAGGGUUGACGUGAUUCCAAAUCACUGUACUUCUGCGCUUUAGAGUGAUAAAAUUGUGAACACAUUGACUGCUCCUUCUGUGAAGGGUUUUGAAUUGACAGUUUUGUGUCCCUGUUUCUGCUAAUGGCUGUUCCCUUCCCUAUCCAUUACUGUAUUUGGUAAAUAGAUCUGUAUUAAGUGAUUUAAAUAUAAUGUAUCAGAAACA